GCAAUUUCACUCAGGCUUUCUUCGCUUCCGCUUCUGCGCCCAUUGCCCAGCCAUUUGUCCCUGACAUGUCUGGCUAUGGAGACCAGGGACACGAGGUGGUGCCUUAUGCGGCUGGGGCUGUCCAUCACUAUGAGCAUCAGCAUCCACGUUGUGCGCAUCAGGAGUUGGCCUUGAGCUUCUCGACCAUGCGGUCCUUUGGGAAACGCACCUGCAGCUUCUACGAAGCCCUGCAGGUGAUUGCGCAAUACUUGCCCAAGGAUGGGACUGCAGCUCGUGAGGCUAUGAAGCUGGUGACAGGCCAGCGCAUUUGGAUGUUCGAUGUGGGCUGCGCCGUGGGCCAAGUGGUAGGAACCUGCUACCAGUUGGAAAGCAACACCUUGAAGGAGCUCCAGAAGCUUUGGAAUAGCGGCCAGGCAGGUGGCACGAUCAAGUUCCAGAAGAAGAACUUCAAGGUGACCAUGCUGAAUUUGCAGCGGUUGGAACAAUGUCGGAAUGAUGCUCAGAAGAAGAUUGCCGAAUGUCGAGCGCUGGCCGAUCAAAUGGUAGAUUGGCAAGGGAAAGAACAGAAAAUGCAGCAUGCUGUGAUGCAAGUCAUCGCACAGUUCGGUGGAUCUGCUCAAUGCGAGGCCUUCCUGAAAGAUCUAGAGGCCAACCAAAAGGCGCUGAACAACGCCAGGGAGCAGGAGAAGGCUGCAGCCCAGAAGUUAGCAAAGCUUUCAGGCCAGAGGGAAGAGCUCCAGUGCAAAAGCCUGGUGUUUGAGAGCAUCGCUGCCAAUGAGAAAGGCUCCUUAGCCGAGUUGACACGUCGAGCAGAUGACUUGGACAGAGAGGCUGCUGACAAGGCCAAGGAGGCAGCUGAGACCUUGAACAUUGCGUACAAGAAGCGCUCUGGUUGGCUGGGUAGUUGGUACACCGACUGGGUGGACAACCGCGGUGAUUGCGCCAAGUGGCGUGCUGAGCGUUUCAAGCAGAUCUCCAAGGAAGCCAAAGAGAGCGAAAGCGACCAGCAACGUCGAGCUGCCAAGGCUGCCGAGGAUGCUGCAGCCAUCAAGGGCCAGUUGACCACGGUGGGAAAGGACUUGGAGGAGGCACACAAGAGCUUCGCGAUUGCAGCAGAAGCCUCCCAAGCAGCCAGCCGAGAGCUGAUGGAGACGAAGGAGAAGUGCAAGGCUUUGAGGGCCGAAUAUGGCGGCAUUGAUCUCCAUCAGAUUGCCAUCCUGAGGGAUCACAUGCAGGCCUUCCCGCAGUUGCUGGGGGCACAGGGCAUGGAGGAUCACUGCAUGUUCGCGUGCAUGGAGGGUGCCAUGAAACAGCACGAGCUGCUCUGUGAGCGUUUCAAAGAAUUCUUGGACGAGGAUGAUGAGGAGGAAUGCAAGCGGCUUUUGAGCAGUUUGCAGAAUGAAAUCCUCCAGGCGAUUGAAGAUUCCAAGUUCUUCUCGCAGGAAAUGCAGCCUUUGCAGGACGAACUCCGGCAACGGAUGGAAAGUCUCAAGCCACCGCCUUCUUCACAUGGGAGUGAGGAUUGGGAUGUCAUCAGCGAAGUGGCCACUCCAUGUCGAAAACGACCAGAGGUCUUGAAGUUGGGCGAACUUGAUGAUGAUGAACUGUUCUGAGAGCCAUCCAUUUAUCUUCAGCGUUCUUUGGUUUUGAGCCCCUUUACUUAGCCCAUCGAACUCCGAGCUAGUAUCAUAUUCUUCUAUGUUUUUUUGCGAUGCGUCAAUACGAUCGAUGGUUUUGCAAUGUUCGCUG